ACCGCUCUCCCUCCAUCCCUCCCUCCUCCUCGUCCCGUCCCACUGAUCUCUCCUCCAAGACGCAUCCACACGCGCAAGCGCAACGCAAACCCAAGCAGCCAGGUCUCCGGUCAUACACUGCUCCCUGCUUGUCUCAGUCCACUCUCAGAGAGAGAGAGAGAGAGAGAGAGGGAGGGAAAUGAGGCGGGAGUUAAGGGUGGUGGAAGGGAAUUAAUGGAGCCAGGAGGAACAAGCGGAGUCCUGAUCGAUAGAUAGGUGGCUGAACCCAGGGCUGCUUGGAGAAAUAGUUCAUUUUCUUUCUUCUCGGCGAGCGCCUUCCCCUCCUGAGCUGUGGUGUGCUGCUUCGCGUGGACCAGCGAAAUUAGUGCUCGUACUAUUUCUUGCAUAGGAGCGAGGCUAUAUAGCGCCUAGGAGUAGCAGCUAGCUUAGCUAGCCUUCGUGGUACCAGUACUGCCGCUAGUCGACUACUAGCUAGCUAGUCCACCAGUCCUCCCGGAUUGCGCCCGAAGCAAGCGGCCGUCCGAGGCGAGGAGUGCGCGCGACGCGAUGGACUUCGGCGGCGACGUCAUGGAAAGCGCCGACGGCCAGCGCCGGAAGAAGAGGCACCACCGCCACACCCCGCGCCAGAUUCAGCAGCUCGAGGCGAUGUUCAAGGAGUGCCCGCACCCGGACGAGAACCAGAGGAUGCAGCUGAGCAGGGAACUGGGGCUGGAGUCCAGGCAGAUCAAGUUCUGGUUCCAGAAUCGGCGGACGCAGAUGAAGGCGCAGCACGAACGCCAGGACAACUGCUUCAUGCGCGCGGAGAACGACAAGAUCCGGUGCGAGAACAUCGCCAUGCGCGAGGCGCUCAGGAACGUCAUCUGCCCCACUUGCGGUGGCCCGCCCGUCGCCGACGACUACUUCGACGAGCAGAAGCUGCGCAUGGACAACGCGCGCCUCAAAGAAGAGCUUGAUCGGGUGUCCAGCCUGACGUCCAGGUACCUGGGGCGGCCCAUCACGCAGCUGCCGCCGGUGCCGCCACUGUCGAUGUCGUCGCUGGACCUGUCAGUCGGCGGGCUCGGCAGCCCGGCGCUCGGGCCGUCGCUGGACCUGGACCUCCUCAGCGGGGGCUCCUCGGGGUAUCCAUCAUUCCAGCUCCCGACGCCGGUGUCGGAGAUGGAGCGUCCCAUGAUGGCCGAGAUGGCGACGCGCGCCAUGGACGAACUCAUCAGGCUAGCGCAUGCUGGCGAGCACCUCUGGGUCAAGACUGGCGGCCCCGAGGUGCUCAACGUCGACACUUACGACAGCAUCUUUGCCAAGCCCGGGAGCUCGUUCCGUGGCCCGGACGUACGCGUCGAGGGGUCCCGCGACUCGGGCCUCGUGUUCAUGAGCGCCAUCGGGCUCGUCGACAUGCUCAUGGACCCGUGCAAGUGGAUGGAGUUCUUCCCUGCCAUCGUGUCCAAGGCGCGGACGAUAGAUGUCCUCAUGAACGGCAUGGCCGGGCGGAGCGAGUCUUUGGUUCUGAUGUACGAGGAGCUGCACGUGAUGUCGCCGGUCGUCCCGACCCGCGACUUCUGCUUCCUCCGCUACUGCCGGCAGAUCGAGCACGGUCUGUGGGCGAUCGCCGACAUCUCGGUGGACUUGCAGCAGCGCGACGCCCGGUUCGGCGCACCGCCGUCGCGCUCGUGCCGCCUCCCUUCGGGCUGCCUCAUCGCUGAUAUGGCAAAUGGUUACUCCAAGGUGACCUGGGUCGAGCACAUGGAGAUAGAGGACAGGGUUCCCAUCCACCUGCUCUACCGCGACCUCAUCCUGAGCGGCGCGGCGUUCGGGGCGCACCGGUGGCUCUCCACGCUGCAGAGAGCGUGCGAACGGUACGCGUGCCUCGCCACGGCCGGGAUGCCACACCGGGACAUUGCAGGAGGUACAUUGACGCCGGAAGGGAAGAGGAGCAUGAUGAAGCUAUCGCAGCGGAUGGUGAACAGCUUCUGCUCGAGCCUGAGCGCUUCCCAGCUCCACCGGUGGACGACGCUGUCGGGGCCCAACGACUUGGGCGUCCGCGUCAUGGUGCACCGCAGCACGGACCCGGGGCAGCCCAGCGGCGUGGUUCUCAGCGCCGCCACGUCCAUCUGGCUGCCGGUCCCGUGCGACCGGGUGUUCGCCUUCGUCCGCAACGAGAACACGCGCUCUCAGUGGGACGUGCUGUCGCACGGCAACCCGGUGCAGGUGGUGUCGCGGAUCCCCAACGGCUCACACCCCGGGAAUUGCAUCUCCUUGCUAAGAGGCCUGAACGCGAGCCAGAACAGCAUGCUGAUCCUGCAGGAGAGCUGCACCGACGCGUCGGGGUCGCUGGUGGUGUACGCGCCGAUCGACAUCCCGGCUGCCAACGUGGUGAUGAGCGGCGAGGACCCGUCCGCCAUCCCCCUCCUGCCGUCGGGCUUCACCAUCCUGCCCGACGGCCGGCCCGGCGCGUCGAUGAGCGCGGGCACGCUGGGUUCCCCGCCGGCCGGGUCCCUUGUGACGGUGGCGUUCCAGAUCCUGGUGAGCAGCCUGCCGUCGUCGAAGCUGAACGCCGAGUCGGUGGCGACGGUCAACAGCCUCAUCAGCACCACUGUGGAGCAAAUUAAGGCGGCCUUGAAUUGCGCCAGCCAUUGAUGGAGCCCCAUCGAUGGAUCGAAUUGAUGCAUGCAUGCCUGCGUAGCUCACUCCCCCUCGUCCCCUGCUGCUGCGCUUGCCUGCUGCGAGGAGUGAAUUCUCUUCAUGGCGAUGGAGUUCAUGGUUGGUUGGGGUUUAAAUGCUCGCCAUUCAAGGAGGCGGGGCUGCUGCCAUGGUGUCGCUGCGCCGUCCGAUCCAUGCUCAUUCAGCUCUCUUCACCUGAUCACCCUCUCUCUCUGCCUCUCUUGCACGACAGCUUUUCUUGCUUCAGGUGUUUUUUUUACAGGAUUUGAUGCUUGCUUGCUUGCUAGGCGUGAAACGAAGGAGUCAAGAACGCACCAUGCUCGUCCGAUUCCUCCUGCUGCCGUCACUCUUUAUGUUCCAUCCUUCCAUUUUCCCCCUCUCUCCGACUCUCCCUAUUUUGCCACCCAUUUCAGCCUCGUCUAGAUUCUAGUUGCAGCAGAGGAUGAUGAAUGGUUCGGGUAUUGACUUCUGUCAGUCGAUUGAUCUUAAGCUUUAAUUGGACAUUCUCUCUUUUUCAAGAUAAA